GGGACAAUAGUAAAACUUCCAGAUGUUGCCAUCGUAAUUCGCAGAAGGGUCGCUCCCUUAUGCCAUACCGAGGCCAGAGAUGGUCAGUAGAGCCGAAGCGCCGAAGGAGGAGCACAAUGACCAGAAUUCCCGCUUCUCUGGCUGUAAGCGCCUCCUGGUGCUCCUGGGGAAGGUAGCAUUUCAGGGAAUUGUGGAGCUGAGCCCGCACAGCGUGUGGGACUUGCGGCUCUUCGGGAAGCUGGGCUUCGGAAACAUGUGCUCUGAUGAACACGGAUUUCGGUGUGCCUGCCCACAACCUACUCAGAGCCUGGAGGCCGUUUUCAGACGUGAGGAAUUUCGAUCUGAGCUGCUAUUUUUAUGCCAGUGUUUGCUGCUGGCUCUCGGAGCUUGAGAAGUGGUCAACCGUAGCAGUCAUCUCACAGCCCAAAUAUGCUUCUGUGGGAUUCUCCACAAUACUUGCAUAAUCUUUGCCCUUUUCAGCUCUGCAACACAACAUCUGCUGCUGCUGCUGCUUUCGUUGAUCGACGCCUCUCCUAGAUCCACCUCCUCUUCUGAGCUAUUAUUCCGUAAAUACGGUUGGCCGUUGCUCGCUCACAAGAGCCCUGCCCCAGAUGUACCCCUCUUCCAGCCUCUGCGGGACCUUUAGGCAUAUCCUGUUUGAGAACUGGUUUCUGAUGACCAAAGUUUGGCCUUCCCAAAGAAUUUCAGUGCUUAAUUUAGAGAUAGAGCGACGCUUUGCAAACAACAGGUUCUUGAUCCAUCGGGUGCAUGUUCGAGAUCGAGUCUGCAAGAAGUCGAAUUUGGAAACAGCUUUCGAGAAAGCACUGCCGGGAAUCAUAUUGAGCUCAAAGCUCCAGCCUGUUACUAAUGGCGUUCUAUUAAUUCAAAAGCUUUGGGCGUGACCUCGUGUUUCCCCGUGGAAGACUGUGCAAACAAAGAGAGAUAACUUGUCCACAGAUCAAGGCGUUGUUGUCGGUGUGUGGGUUCCCUCAUUUUCAGCUCCCAGUAUAGAUGCCAAAGAAUUGUCAUAAGUUCUUCAUGUGAGAAGGAAGGUUGACACCAGCACAUCCAGGAGCAUUGUCCAUAACUGGAUAAUUUACUGCAUGCCCCCCUUAUAUUCCAACGCACUGUGGAGAUUAGAAACUGUAAGCAGCACAUGUCUGCACAUAGUUUUCAAAUGUUCUAUGUUGGUCCAAAACACUUUCAUAUUAAAUGUGUGCUUUACAUUCUUGAAUUAUUUUUU